ACACCGCCACAUUCAUCGAGCUCAAUACGGCAUUCACAUUCUCCAGCAACAAGCAGCAGCAGUUAUCGAUUCGACCGGCCAACUCAUUCCAGUAGCAGUACAACAACUGCAAUGCCACCACCACCAAUUGUACCUCCAACAGUUUCUGCUGGCGCCACCGGUUCUUCUGGCUCAAGAACGGCGAGUUUUGCGCAGCUACUUCCACCACCAGCUCCCAUGGCACCACCAUUCCUGUUACCACCGGUCACAAUGCUACUUCCACCACCAGCGCCCAUGGCACCACCAUUCCUGUUACCACCGGUCACAAUGGUUUCCUCAAGCGAAAAGCAGCAAACGCAACCGAAAUUUUCGGAAGUGCAGCCGCUGCAGCAGCAGCCGCAGCAGCAGCAACCGAAAUUUUCGGAAGUGCAACCGCUGCAGCAGCAGCCGCAGCAGCAGCAACCGAAAUUUCCGGAUGAAAGGCUGCAGCCGUUGAAACAGCAACCGACGAAAUUUCCGGAUGAAAAGCUGCAACCGCUGCAGCAACUGCAGCAGCAGCAGCAACCACCGAAACCAUCCGAAAGUAGCAGAGGACGUGAAUUGCCCGUGAAACAUCAGAUUAUCUCUACCAAAACGCCAUCAGAAUCUACGUCACGUUCAUCUGUUGGAGUCAGGGAAGCUAGUGUAUAA